UCAGAGUUUCUCGUUUUUCUUCUUUUUGUGUGAUUUCUGGACUAUUUUGUAUUCCCUUCCCACCAGCAAUUAACAGUUUUAUUCCCUUGAAAUUGUGAUUAUUGCUUUUGAUUAGUGUUUUACAUUGUUAAACACAAUCAUAGAAGAAAAGAGAGUCUUGGAAUAUGAGAGAAAUAAUAAGCAUUCAUAUUGGACAAGCUGGAAUUCAGGUUGGUAAUUCGUGCUGGGAGCUAUAUUGCCUUGAACAUGGCAUUCAACCUGAUGGAACAAUGCCCAGUGAUGGGUCAGCUGAAGCACAUGAUGCUUUCAACACCUUCUUCAGUGAAAUUGGAAGUGGCCAAUAUGUUCCUAGGGCACUGUUUGUUGAUCUGGAACCUACUGUAAUUGAUGAAGUAAGAUGUGGUCCUUACAGACAACUCUUCCAUCCCGAACAAUUAAUGUCUGGUAAGGAAGAUGCUGCUAAUAACUUUGCAAGGGGACAUUACACAGGUCAGAGUGUAUGUGCUGCAGUUGGAAAAGAAAUUGAAGAGUUGUGCCUUGACCGUAUCAGAAAAUUAGCUGAUAAUUGCACUGGCUUGCAAGGUUUCUUGGUUUUCAAUGCUGUUGGUGGUGGCACUGGUUCUGGAUUGGGAUCAUUGCUUCUCGAACGUUUGUCUGUAGAUUAUGGAAAAAAGUCUAAACUUGGCUUCAUCAUUUAUCCUUCUCCUCAGGUAUCAACUGCAGUUGUUGAGCCUUACAACACUGUUCUUUCUAAUCACUCUCUUAUUGAGCACAGUGAUGUGGUUGUGCUCUUGGACAAUGAAGCAAUAUAUGAUAUAUGCAGAAGAUCACUAGAAUUAGAAAGACCAACUUACACCAACUUGAACCGUUUGAUAUCUCAAAUAAUAUCUUCCUUGACCACUUCCUUGAGAUUUGAUGGUGCAAUCAAUGUGGACAUUUCAGAGUUCCAAACCAACCUUGUGCCUUAUCCACGAAUUCAUUUCAUGCUCUCAUCUUAUGCCCCGGUUAUAUCUUCUGCCAAGGCCUUCCAUGAGCAGCUAUCAGUGCCUGAGAUCACCAGAGCUGUGUUUGAGCCAACAAGCAUGAUGGUCAAGUGUGAUCCAAGACAUGGAAAGUACAUGGCAUGUUGCCUCAUGUACCGUGGGGAUAUUGUGCCAAAAGAUGUAAACCUUGCUGUCUCAAAUAUCAAGACAAAGAGACAAGUUCAAUUUGUAGACUGGUGUCCUACUGGUUUCAAAUGUGGUAUAAACUACCAGGCUCCAACAGUUGUACCAGAUGGUGACCUUGCAAAGGUGAAGAGAGCAGUUUGUAUGAUUAGCAACAACACAGCCGUGGCUGAGGUUUUCUCACGCAUUGAUCACAAAUUUGAUCUCAUGUUUGCCAAAAGAGCCUUUGUGCAUUGGUAUGUGAGUGAAGGCAUGGAAGAAGGUGAGUUCUCAGAAGCCAGGGAGGAUCUUGCAGCCCUUGAAAAGGACUAUGAGGAAGUUGGAGAUGAAGGUGUGGAUGAUGAAGUUGGUUACUGAAAACCUAAUCUAAUUACAUCUUA